UUGUAAAUAAGACCGCAAAAACUGUGUUUUAUUUACAAAAGUGAUGCCGGCUGUUUUAAAAUAUCGUUCCCAGUUGUUUUAAACCGUUUUUCGUAAAUUUUUGGCUCUAUUUCUCGCCUAUUUCCGUGUGGUUUUUACACUACGCGUAUAAUGGCGAGCUCGGCUAACUCGAACCCAGUGCCUAAACUAUACAAGUCUGUGAUUGAGGAUGUGAUCAAUGAGGUGCGAGAGCUGUUCCUGGACGAGGGAGUGGAUGAGCAAGUGCUUCUGGAGCUGAAAACGCUAUGGGAGAACAAACUGUUGCAGUCCAAGGCAGUGGAGGGCUUCCACACUGAGGAGCAGGCAGCCCUGCAGGCCGCUCAGCAGCAGCAGCAACAGCAGCAGCAGCAGGUUCAGCCAGUCCAACAAGUCCAGCAAGUGACCCAGCAAGCGCAGGCCCAGCAAGUCAUCCUGCCCCCCCAACAGCAGCAAGCUCCCCAGCAGCAAGUCAUUGUUCAAGAUUCAAAGAUUCUGCAGCACAUGAGUGCGACGGGGAUGAGUGCAGCAGCUACCGCAGCAACCCUCGCUUUGCCUACAGGGGUCUCCCCAUACCAACAGCUCAUCACCAGCCAAGGUCAAAUACUGCAGGUUGUUCGUGCACCCAACGGGGCUCAGUACAUCAUCCAGCAGCCUCAGCAGCAGAUUCUCCUGCAGCAGCAAAUGCAGCCUGGUGGCGUUCAGGCCCCGGUCAUACAGCAGGUCCUGGCUCCUCUGCAGGGAGGUCUGCCUCAGCAAACAGGAGUCAUCAUCCAGCCGCAGCAGAUCGUCUUAGCAGGAAACAAAGUCCAAGGCGGUACACAGGUGAUGCAGGCAGCUAUGGCGCCGCAGCCCGGUCAGGCAGCGACAGCAGCUCAGGUCCAGCAGGUUCAGCAGGCCCAGGGUGCAGCUGCACCACAGGCCCAACAGCAGCCCCAGGCUCAACAGGCUCAGGCCCAGCCUCAGGCACAGCAGCCUCCCAUGAUGCUGCAGGUGGACGGCGCCGGAGACACCUCCUCAGAAGAAGACGAGGAUGAGGAGGAGGAGUAUGAUGAUGAAGAGGAGGAAGAGAAGGACAAGGACGGGGGAGAGGACGGUCAGGUGGAAGAGGAGCCUCUGAACAGCGGAGAUGAUGUCAGUGAUGAGGAGGACCAGGAGCUGUUUGAUACAGAGAAUGUAGUGGUGUGCCAGUAUGACAAGAUUCACAGAAGUAAGAACAAAUGGAAAUUCCACCUGAAGGACGGGAUCAUGAAUCUGAACGGGAGAGACUAUGUCUUCUCCAAAGCCAUUGGGGAUGCCGAAUGGUGAAGUAGAAAAGAAAAAAAAACAACCAACAAACAAAGCAACAGGAGCAGGAACUCUGUAACUCCUUCUAUCCAGUUAACAGACUGUUCAAUAUCCUUCCAUAUCCUGUGACUGGAUUCAUUUCAGGAAACUUCUUCUGAGUCUUUGAGAACUCUUGACAAAACCCAAAGGACUGUGAGGUACCGUACAAACCUGGGGUGUCGUCAAAAAACACUCGACUAGCCUUGCGCGAUGAGAAACUUACAGGGGAAGGGAAAGCCUGCGAAUAGAGCGCUCUCUCUGUUUUUUGUUUCUCUGCCUAUUUCCUGAGAGAAUUCACACACAUUGGAAAGUAAGCAUUUCACAUCGUUCAGGUGUAGUGGACCAGGGUGACCUGACCUGCCCCGCCACAGGAGGUCCAAGGUCAUUCAUUAUACCCCCCCCCCCCCCUCACCCUCCCACCCUUUAGAUGAAAAAAAAACACCUUCAAAAUGCACUGUAGUCGGUUGACUGGAUUGACUCGUGUCUACAUUUAAGUCCAAACUUAGUGCCACCAGUCAAGAUUGCUGCCUUUAGAACGGCCAGAAUCAACUUUUGGCUUCUGAUUUUUGUUCUCGGAUCCUGUCUCAAUUCAUGUUUAUGAAAAAUGGUGCUCCAGAGUGUUUUAUGUAGUUAACCUGUUAUUAUUUUAAAGAUUUUUUUAAGAAUGUGUUUCAUGAAGGGUUUAAAACAAAGAAGGCAAAAUUGCAUUAAUCUUAAGAUAACUAAUAAUUGUGUAAAGGCAUUUUUUUAAUCUUCUGAGUGCUGAAUCCAAAAAAAUAUUGUUCUUUUCCCCCCUCUCAAUCAGCUUCUCUGGAGCUUCAUUCCAACAACAAAAAAAAAGAAAAGAAAAAAGAAAGAAAAGGAGAUCCAACACUGAAUUCAUUUAAGAAAUGUACAAAAUGUCUGAAAGUUUGUCCUGUCGGUGUUGCUCUUAAUUUUUAGUUUUCUGCAGCCGUCUAAAAAUUUGCACUGUCAGUUUAUCGGUGUGUCGUGAAAAAACCAAGUCAGUCAAGUUAAUCAGUAGCCACAGUGUGCUUUGUCGCGUGUGUGCGCGUGUGAGGUGAGAGAGAGAGAGUGAGACUGACUCUACAGGUGUGUGGUGAGUGUUCACGUGUGCUUAUGUUGAUUCAUGUGUGUGUCGUCACCAUUUCUCUGGACAUCUAUUAGUUGUUUUUUCUUUUCUUGCACACCCCAUAAUCUCAAAAAUGUCAGUUCAAACUGUACAAUAGAGAUUUUAAUGUUGUUUUUUCUCCCUUUUUUUUUUUUUUUUUUUUUUUUUGUUAUUUGGUGAGGGCAGGGCGGUGUCCUUUUUUUUUUUUUUCUUUUUUCUUAUUUAUUCCUGAAAGUUCAUGAAAUGUUCUAUUUUUUGAAAGGUUGGAAAGCCGCACCAAACUGUGCUCUUAUAAUCUAAUAAGUGUUCCUUUUUUCUCUCUCUGUUGGCUGGACAAAGCUACAUAAUGCUGUGUUCCAAAAAAAAAAAAAAUCAUUUCGUCCACCAUAUGUUCUUUUUGUGCUUUCAUUUUAUUCAUGACUUUUAAAUGAGAAUAUUUUCUAUCGAAUGAGUUUAACUCCGG